AUGGGUGAUCCUACGGAAGCAGAGAUUUGGAUACGCGCACUUGAACGCAUUUUUGUCUUCUUGCGCUGCACAGAUGCCGAGCGAUUAACUUGUGUGCCUUUCCAACUUACCGGGUCAGCAGAUUUCUGGUGGGAGACACGCAGAAAGACUAUGACGCCUCAAGAACUGGCUAAUAUGACCUGGGAACAAUUCAAGGAGGCAAUCUACGACAAAUAUAUUCCAAAAAGUUACCGAAAGAAGAAAGAGAUGGAAUUUUAUAAUCUGAAACAAGGGAGGAUGUCAGUUACAGAAUAUGAUCGUAUCUUCUGCGAUAUGUGUAGAUAUGCCCCAGAUCAAGUUAAUACGGGAGUGGCUGAAAAAUUUUGUGGAGGUUUGAGAUACGAAAUAAGAAUGACACUGGCGAGUCAUGGUGGGUUAUCUUAUUCUGAAUCACUCAUGCGGGCUUUGGAUAUUGAGUCAGCAAUGCCAAUGGAGAAACAUAUGACCAAUAUUGCCGCUCCACCACCGCAGUCUCAAACUCAAAUUUCAGGAGAUAAAAGAAAAUGGGAAGGUAAUCGAACUCAGCCGGAACAGAAGAAACCAUGGUAUGGCCAAGACCGCUCACAAAACUUUUUGAGACAACCUACUUACAACCCAACAGGAACUUUCCGGCUAAAGCCCAUUCCAAGUUCCAAGUGCAACAGGAUACACCGUGGGGUUUGCAAGGCAGGGUCAGAUAAUUGCUUCACUUGUGGUAAAGGUGGUCACUUUUCCAAAAAUUGUCCAACCAAGCCUCCUCUGAGAGGUGCAGGACCCAAUCCGCCAGCACAUCAUCAGGGAAAUCAACAUAUACCUCCACGAUAUCCGCAACAGCAGCGACAAGGUCUUCCACCACAGGUCAGGGCAUAUGCACUGAGGCAGCAACAACCAGUGAGGAACCAAGGAAAUCUGGCAGGUAUGGGCAUAUUACUAGACGUACCUGUCAUCUUAUUAUUUGAUACUGGCGCAUCACACUCUUUCAUAUCGGCUUCAUGUGUUGAUAUCUUAAAGCUCCCGACCGAACAAACUGAAAAUAGAUUGAGUGUAACCUCACCAGUCGGGGGAACCAUAGGAAUUACUCAAACUUGCUCGAACAUAGAAGCUUUAUUGGGAGAACAUAAAAUCCUAGCUAAUAAUCUAAAGGUUAUGAAAAUGUAUGAUGUUGAUAUUAUACUAGGAAUGGAUUGGUUGGUUGAAAACCAUGCCACAAUCCAAUGCAAGGAGAGAAAAAUUUUCUUCCAGAACCCAGGACAGGAACGAACAAGUUUCCACGGAGUUUCUAUGAAUAAAAUAAUAUCUAUAAUCUCCGUUUUGCAAGCAACAACAUUGAUGAAGAGAGGAUAUCCUGCCUACCUCGUUUACUUAAAUGAAGAACAAAAAGAAAAGGGGAAAAUUGAGGAUACGAACAUCGUGCGUGAAUUUCAGGAUGUGUUCCCUGACAUUCUACCUGGGUUACCACCAGAUAGGCAACUAAAAUUCACCAUCGACUUAGAACCUGGAUCCGCCCCAAUAUCGAAAGCACCAUAUCGGAUGGCACCUAAGGAGUUAGGAGAGCUGAAGAUACAAUUACAGGAACUCAUGGAUCUAGGCUUCAUCAGACCUAGCGUAUCGCCAUGGGGAGCUCCCGUACUUUUUGUCAAAAAGAAAGAUGGAUCGUUAAGAAUGUGUAUCGACUACCGGGAACUAAAUAAGUUAACACUUAAGAAUAAAUACCCGUUGCUGAGAAUUGAUGACCUGUUCGAUCAGCUUAGAGGUGCCAGUGUAUUUUCCAAAAUGGACUUAAGAUCCGGCUAUCACCAACUAAAAAUCCGACCAGAAGAUAUACCCAAAACGGCCUUCCGCACCCGAUAUGGUCACUAUGAAUUCUUAGUAAUGCCUUUCGGAUUGACUAAUGCUCCCGCCGUAUUUAUGGACUUGAUGAAUCGUGUAUUUCAUCCCUAUCUGGACAAGUUCGUCCUGGUUUUCAUAGAAGACAUACUCAUCUACUCCGAGGGUAUAAAAGAACAUGAAGAACAUUUGAGAGUUACCUUAGAAACCUUGAGGACUGAAAAGCUCUAUGCAAAAUUUAGCAAAUGUGAAUUUUGGCUUAACGAAGUGAACUUCCUCGGCCACGUCGUAACUGCUGAAGGAAUCUGA